UAGCUAGCUCUGUGCUUAAUUUCCUUCCAAAAGAUAAAAAUGUCUUCCUCACAGUUCACCUCCUCUAUCUACCUGUUCACUUUUGCUCUUCUCCUCCAAACCAUAUUAGGAGCCAGCCCUCUCUACCAUGCCUGUUCCAGCUCUCAGAAUUUCACAAGCAAUGGCCCUUAUGAAUCAAACCUCAAAAAGCUCUUGAGUUAUCUGCACUACAAAACCCCUCCCCAGGGUUUUGGCCUUGGUUCAGUUGGAAAGUUUGUUCAAUUCCAAACUCACGGUCUUGCUCUCUGUCGCGGUGAUGCUAAUUCCACGGAAUGCAAAACUUGUGUGAACGAGGCCAGCAAUGAAAUCCGCAAGCGCUGCCCGUAUAAUGAAGGUGCAAUUAUCUGGUACGAUAAUUGUCUUUUGAAGUACUCGAACAAAGAUUUCUUCGGCCAAAUCGAUAAUGAAGUCAGGUUCUUCUUGUUUAAUGUGAGAAAUGCUAGUGAGCCUGAAGUAUUCAACCAGAAAACCAGGGAUUUGUUGAGCCAACUAGCCAAGGAGGCGUCUGUGGUUCCCAAAAUGUAUGCAGUUGGAGAGGUUGAGCUCGGAGAAUGGACGAAAGUCUACGGAUAUGCGCAGUGCACAAGAGACCUUUCGAGCAUGAAUUGUUUCAAGUGUCUUGAGAAUGCGAUCGGUGAACUUCCUACUUGCUGCGAUGGCAAAGAGGGAGGGAGGGUUAUUGGUGGAAGCUGUAAUAUUAGAUAUGAGAUUUACCCAUUCUUUAGUGCUUAGAAUAUUCUUUUUA